UCACGCAGCGCAUCAUGUCUUCGUUGGCGAGAGCUACAGGACGGGACUGCUUCUGCCUUUGUGCAUCGCUACAGCACUCGAAUGUUGGCAGCUUGCAUGGGCAUCGGCCGAUUGAUUCCCAUGCCCCGUUCGGUUUUCCAAGCCCUCCCGCAUCAAACAUUUUUUCUGCUCAGUUUUGGAUCGACCAUGGGUCGAUUGUGACACCGAGUGACAUGGGAUCCUUUUUAGUCAAGCUCGUAAAUUUUGGGGCACUUGAUAGUCUUAAUUGCCAGUGGAAUCUGUAGAAGAAUCAUAUCUAAUGGCAUGUACCUGGAAAGGGUACUUGCUUUCUCCAAGGCACCUGCUCGCACCAACUACAAGAUUGGAGUGGAUUGGAUAGCUCUGGAGGAGCUCGACUGGAUUAUCCCAUGGAUGGAUACGAGAGGAAUAAGUACCGUCCCCAUGGACAAGAGAAACAGGUGUACUUACUCUAGACGAGAUCGAUAUAACGAAACUUCCAGUGCCGGCAACGAGAGCAUCGGGACUAAGCUGCUUUGGGGCACAUUUGCAACAGAUUGUGUAGACAAUACACAAAGUUGAGAUCCUGAUGGAUGAUUCGGAAUUUGGUGGCAUUUGGAAGACAUCUGGCGUCAUUAGUGGGUUGAGUUUGGAGGCAGAAACGCAAGUUUUUAUUCUUUACCCACGACAAAGUUUGCGCCUACUGAUUUGUCUCGAAGCAAAGUGAUGCGGAGAAGUUGCAUUCAUAAUUGUGCCCUUGACAACGGGG